AGUAAGACUAUGUUUCCAUUUUCUUUUCUUUCUUUCUUUCUGUAAUAUCUUUUUAUGAAGCAUGUUUUAUAUUAGAAACAAGAAUUUAUUUUUACAAUUCUGGAACUCAGAAGUCAAUUUUCCUAAGUUACACAGUACUCCUCUAAUUUUCUCUGCUAGGCAUCUUGAGGUGCCUCCUCUUUUGAGAGCCUCUUACCCCCACUGGAGCUGAAACCAUUCAACUGAGGCAGUAAGUGUUACUCAGUUGUUCAUUGUUCAGCAGGAAAAACAUUGCAAAUACUGGAGAAUGCAUGAUAUAUUUUUGGAGCUAAUAGAUGGAAAUAAAGGCAGUUUUGCUAAAUGGAGACAGUGUUUAUUUCAUGUCAUUCUGAUUUUCAGCCAUAAGCAAAAGUUUUGUGAGUAUGUAGCCUGUCAUAUAUUGCAUAAAACAGUUCUUAGGGAAAUUUACUUUUAGGUUAUUAGAGUAACAUUGAGACACCAACUGAAAUAUUGUGAUGAUUUUUGUGCAUCAAAAGUAUGAAUUAUACUUUCAGGCAAACUCAGCUUUAUCCUAUUUUAUUUCUUGACCAGCUAUGUGUCAAAUAUGCAAUUACUCCAUAAAAUACACAAUUAAAAGAUCAAUGAAUAAUGAAGCGCAUCCUAUUAAUAUUUUAAAUAACUUUUAAUAUCAUGGCACUAUAUUUGAAAAUGUAAUUAUACUUUAUAGAAAACCUAGACACUGUUUUCAAGAUUAUAACCCUGGGUGAAGUUGGAAGUAUAAUUUUAAUAAAAUUCAUCAGGCAAUAUUACCUUUGGUUUACUUCCAAAGUUGUUGAGAGGUAUAGACUUGAGAAUCCUUCUUUUAUUCCUAACUCUCAUACAUAUUAAUAGGCUCAGACUCAAGCAAAGGAUAAUGAUGUUGCUGUUAUUUUCAUCCACCUGUAAAUCCGCAAAUCCAAUGCUGAGUCAUGAAAAUCCUACUUUGACAAUGCGACAGAACUGUUUAUUACCCUGGGAAUGAUUUUGAAAACUAGCCAUUUGUGUAUCUUUAAGGAAAGGGAAAAAUCAGCAUGUUUAUUAUUUUUUAAAAAUUGGGGCCUGGAUUUUGACGAUGUCAAGAUUUACAGUAUAUCCCUGUUUGUUUUGGAUACACUAGUGACUUCCACUUCUAGAAGACAAAGUUAUAUUACUUAAACAACCAAAGACAGAGUCUCACUCUUCACCCAGGCUGGAGUGCAGCGGCACAAUAUCGGCUCACUGCAGCCUUUGCCUCCUGGGUUCAAGUGAGUUUGGGCUAAUUUUUGUAUUUUUAGUAGAGAUGGGAUUUCACCAUGUUGGCCAAGCAGGACUUGAACUCCUGAUCUCAAGUGAUCCACCCACCUUGACCUCCCAAAGUGCUGGUAUUACAGAUAUGAAACUAACCAUGAAGAAAAAUAUUGUCAAUACACAACAGUCCUUUGUAAACAUGCCCAAUGUGAUUGUACCAGAUAUUGAAAAGGAAAUAAGAAAGAUGGAAAAUGGAGCAUGCAGCUCCUUUUCUGAGGAUGAUGACAGUGCCUCUAUAUCUGAAGAAUCAGAGAAUGAAAACCAUCAUGCAAGGGGUUCCUUUAGUUAUAAGUCACACAGAAAGGGAGGACCAUCACAGAGAGAGCAGUACCUGCCUGGUGCCAUUGCACUUUUUAAUGUGAACAACAGCAGCAAUAAGGACCAAGAACCAGAAGAAAAAAAGAAAAAGAAAAAAGCAAAGAAGAGCAAGUCAGAUGAUAAAAACGAAAAUAAAAAGGACCUAGAGAAGAAAAAGAAGAAAAAGGACAAAGAGAAGAAAAAAAAAGAGGAGCAAAGCAAAGAUAAGAAAGAAGAGGAGAAGAAAGAAGUUGUGGUUAUUGAUCCUUCGGGAAACACAUAUUACAACUGGCUGUUUUGCAUCACCUUACCUGUUAUGUACAACUGGACAAUGGUUAUUGCCAGAGCAUGUUUUGAUGAACUUCAAUCUGAUUACCUAGAAUAUUGGCUCAUUUUAGAUUACGUAUCAGACAUAGUCUAUUUAAUUGAUAUGUUUGUACGAACAAGGACAGGUUACCUAGAACAAGGACUGCUGGUAAAGGAAGAACUUAAACUCAUAAAUAAAUAUAAAUCCAACUUGCAAUUUAAACUUGAUGUUCUGUCACUGAUACCAACUGAUUUGCUAUAUUUUAAGUUAGGGUGGAACUAUCCAGAAAUUAGAUUAAACAGGUUAUUACGAAUCUCUCGUAUGUUUGAGUUCUUCCAGAGAACAGAAACAAGGACAAACUAUCCAAACAUCUUCAGGAUUUCCAACCUUGUUAUGUACAUUGUCAUCAUUAUCCACUGGAAUGCAUGUGUGUACUACUCUAUUUCUAAAGCUAUUGGAUUUGGAAAUGAUACAUGGGUCUACCCUGAUACUAAUGAUCCUGAAUUUGGCCGUUUGGCUAGAAAAUACGUAUACAGCCUUUACUGGUCUACACUGACUUUGACUACCAUUGGUGAAACACCCCCUCCUGUGAGGGAUUCUGAGUAUGUCUUUGUGGUGGUUGAUUUCCUAAUUGGAGUGCUAAUUUUUGCUACCAUCGUUGGUAACAUAGGUUCUAUGAUUUCCAACAUGAAUGCGGCCAGAGCAGAAUUUCAAGCAAGAAUUGAUGCUAUCAAGCAAUAUAUGCAUUUUCGAAAUGUAAGCAAAGAUAUGGAAAAGAGGGUUAUUAAAUGGUUUGACUACCUGUGGACCAACAAAAAAACAGUUGAUGAGAAAGAAGUCUUAAAGUAUCUACCUGAUAAACUAAGAGCAGAAAUUGCCAUCAAUGUUCACUUAGACACAUUAAAAAAGGUACGCAUUUUUGCUGAUUGUGAAGCUGGUCUGUUGGUGGAGUUGGUCUUGAAAUUGCAACCCCAAGUCUACAGUCCUGGAGAUUAUAUUUGCAAGAAAGGGGAUAUUGGACGAGAGAUGUACAUUAUCAAGGAAGGCAAACUCGCUGUGGUGGCAGAUGAUGGAGUCACUCAGUUUGUAGUAUUGAGCGAUGGCAGCUACUUUGGUGAGAUCAGCAUUCUUAAUAUUAAAGGGAGCAAAGCCGGCAAUCGAAGAACUGCCAAUAUUAAAAGUAUUGGCUACUCAGACCUGUUCUGUCUCUCAAAAGAUGACCUCAUGGAAGCUCUAACUGAGUAUCCAGAUGCCAAAACUAUGCUGGAAGAGAAAGGGAAGCAGAUUUUAAUGAAAGAUGGUCUACUGGAUCUAAACAUUGCAAAUGCUGGCAGUGAUCCUAAAGAUCUUGAAGAGAAAGUUACUCGAAUGGAGGGGUCUGUAGACCUCCUGCAAACAAGGUUUGCCCGAAUCUUGGCUGAGUAUGAGUCCAUGCAGCAGAAACUGAAACAAAGAUUAACCAAGGUUGAGAAAUUUCUGAAACCGCUUAUUGACACAGAAUUUUCAAGUAUUGAGGGACCUGGAGUAGAAAGUGGGCCCAUUGACUCUACAUAGAACUGAAAAGCUGGUCAUUGACAGGGACACACCUCAUGAUCCUUCUGAUCUUGUGACUGACAUCAAAUAAAACUUAAAAGAAGAGGAAGACUCAGUUCGGAAAUUUUUCCAUGAGGAAAAUGUGCUUUGGUGCAAGAUACAAGGCCCACACCCUCUCUGAGAGAUACUAUGAUUAAAAAAGCUUUGUAUCUUGGGAUUUUUCACAACUGAUAAUGUGCAAAGAUAUAAACUGAUUAACUUGUCAGUGUCUGUAUCUUCUGAUUUUUUUCACAUAUGCUCGUUUUAUGUAAUAAUCUUCAUAAAAAUGAAUAAGUAUCCCUCACUUUCAUGCCAUUUCCAUUGUUGAGUGAAGUGUAUUUGAAGUAACUGAGAAUUACCAUGUACAUCAUGUUUGGGAUAACAUUUUAAAAAAUUAGACUGCAAUAAAGUAAAAUUAAUUAUGCAA